UCCUGCAGCCUGACUACAAAAAGCACCUUUUCAACAUGUUGAAGACUGUUCUCCUGGCUGCUGCAGUGAUACUCAUGGUUGAUGCUGCUGACGACUGUCUGAGGCCUUGCCUGAUGAUGUACAGCCCUGUCUGUGCGACGUUCACCAAAACCUAUGGGAAUGAAUGUAUGAUGAAGGCUGACGCCUGCAGCCUGGCAAAGCAAGGCGUCCAUCUUAUGACUAAGACGGACACCGUGUGCAGCUGUGAAAGGGCGUGUCCUUUCCUCCUCAGCCCCGUAUGUGCCACGGACGGCAUCACAUACGACAACGAGUGCCUGAUGGGCGUGGCAGCAUGCAAACAGAACAAGUGGUUGGAGGUCAAGAGCUCUGGUCAGUGUCCCGCCGAGAACUAAAGAGAGAGGUCCUAUCAGAUUGUUGUUGAUGCAUAAUGGGAUUAUAUAACUAUUUGGUUCAAAGUAAGAGGAAAGUUCUAGAUAAUCAGUAAUUUUAAUAAUACGGUACUUGUUGUUUCUCAAUGCUUAACAUAUUUUGUACAUUUUAAAUACCAAUAAAUGUUGAAUGACAUUA